AUGGCCAUCUAUGCCACAUUUUGCGAGAAGAUUGAGCGCACGGUUCAGAUCGAGGCCUCAACUGUGGAGAUUGAGGAGCGUGGAGUGAAGCUGCGUCUCACUGUGGUCGACACGCCUGGAUACGGUGAUGCCAUAAACAGCCAGGACUGUUUUAACACCAUUAUCGCCUACAUCGAUGACCAGUUUGAGCGCUACCUGCAUGACGAGAGUGGACUCAACCGCAGGCACAUUGUGGACAACCGUGUGCACUGCUGCUUCUACUUCAUUUCCCCUCUGGGUCACGGGAUGAAGCCUCUAGAUGUCCAAUUCAUGAAGGCCAUUCACAACAAAGUGAAUGUCGUUCCUGUUAUUGCUAAAGCAGAUACGCUGACACUGAGGGAGAGAGAGAGACUCAAGCGCAGGAUUCUGGAUGAAAUCGAUGAGCAUGGCAUCAAGAUCUAUCACCUCCCUGAUGCCGAGUCUGAUGAGGAUGAAGAUUUCAAAGAGCAGACCCGGAUUCUCAAGACCAGCAUACCGUUUGCCGUGGUGGGAUCCAACCAGCAGAUUGAGGCUAAGGGGAAGAAAGUGAGAGGGCGUUUGUACCCAUGGGGUGUGGUGGAGGUAGAAAACCCAGAACACAAUGACUUCCUCAAACUUCGCACCAUGCUAAUCACCCACAUGCAGGACCUGCAAGAAGUCACUCAGGACCUUCACUAUGAGAACUUCCGCUCAGAGCGCCUCAAACGGGGCGGCAGGAAAGGUCCAGAGCCAGAGGAAAUGGACAAGGACAUAAUAUUGCAGGAGAAGGAGGCUGAGCUGAGGCGGAUGCAGGAGAUGAUCGCUAAGAUGCAGGCGCAGAUGCAGAAACAGGGAGAUGGAGAUGGAGACAGCCCACACCUGUGAGAAACACGAUGCAGACCUGAGGAGAGACCGGUCCUUAGCUCAUCUUGCUUGCCAUUUUCUUAGUUUCUUUCACUCUUGUAUGAUUUCAUGUUUUUUGUCAAUUUUUUUUUAAAGCAGUAUUAAGUGUUUUGU